AUGACUCUGUGCCUUGGAGACCGAGCUCUCCAGCCGCGGCUCUCCGGGACCGGGAGCGCAUCUCCAUCUCCGGCGUCUUUUCACUCCCCGGUCCCGGUGACACCUCCGUCCAGGCCUCCCGUAGAGCCCGACGCAAGGAUCCAGUCCGACAUAGCCGAUGUCCCGGACGUCUCUGUCACCUGCUCCACGUCUGACUUUGUGCUGCGCGUGAAACCAGCCUUCUACGGCCUGGGCGCGGACGCGCAGGAGCUGACGUUAGGCAGGAGCUGCAAGAGCAACGGUGUUCUCAAACCCCAGGGAGACCUGCUCUUCCAGUAUCCCCUCAGGGCGUGUGAUGGAGCGCGUGAGUUGUCUGGUGGUUAUGUGGUCUACAAAAACGUAUUGCAUUAUCAACCUUCAGCAAAACGACUUCCGAUCAGAGCGAACCAGCUUGAGGUCAACAUUGAAUGCCAUUAUCAAAGGGACCACUCUGUGCACCAACUAGCAGUGCAGCCCACAUGGCAAACUGUUAUUGUGCACAAAAAACUGAAAGGGCGUCCAAUGGGUGUCCUGAUCAAAUUGACGGACGAUUCAUGGGAGGAACCAGCCAAGACUCAAUCAUACCUGCUUGGACAAACAGUCAAUGUCCAAGUCUCUGCUCCUCAACUCCUCUCCGAAGAAAAGCUGUACAUCAAUAGCUGCUAUGCAACACCAUCUAGUGGUUCCAAGUCAUCUCUUAAAUACACCAUCAUAGACAACUGUGGUUGUAUGUUGGACAGCAAGCAGGACCCAGGGGCCUCUCAGUUUGUUUCUCGGACUCACAAUACCGUGAGAUUCUCCUUAAAGGCCUUCCAGUUCACAGCUGAUCCAGACACGGAGGUCAGCAUUCACUGCAAAGUGCUAGUUACAUCAGAAGGACCAGGACCGGCACACAAAUCCUGCACCUACAAAGACCACAGCUGGAGAGCUCUCUCUGGUGAUGACUCAAUAUGUGAAUGCUGCGAGUCAAGAUGUGUCACCUCUAAACCCCGGAGAGCCUUGAUGGAAGGCUCUGCCAGUAGUAGGCCGUUACUGGUUUCGGAUCAUCUGUACACUGCAGAGGACAGCUUAUCAGUCGGUCCUUCGGCAGUCAAGAGAAAGGAAGAUGCUGAGAUGCAUCAUGGUGAGAUUUGGGAAAGUGCAGAUAUGGAAAAGCAUGAUGCUGCUGAGAUUGAGAAGCGGAAGCUUGGAAGGGAGCCGGACCUUGAUGAGUUGGGUUAUAGGAAGAGGGUAUUUGAGGACUGGACUGAGAGUAAAGUGGGGAAUAUCAAUACAUUUGGGGAAGAUGGAACGAAGGAGUUUUCACAGCCCGAAGAAGCUGAGGUAAGGUUCGAGGAGAUCUCAGAAAAGCCAGCGACCACUAUGAAUGAGAAAGAAGGUGAGAUGAAUCACCGCUGGAUGAAGUUGGAGCAAACGUUACCAUCGCAGACUGAACCACAGUUGGAUCCGUCUGAGUCAGAAAAGGGGACGCAUAACUGUAAAGCUAACAAGUGUAGAAGGAUGAUGGACUCUCAGGUGCAGCUGAAGAAUGACAGCAGCCUGACAGAUACUGUAAAUGGAGAGGAAAAGACGUGGUAUUUCCCAUGGAGGUAG